CUGCGUGGCCGCCCCGCCCCCCAGAAGCUGCACAUUUGCAGGGGCUGCGGCCUUGCAUCAAAACCCUCCCUCCUUCCCACAGUUCUCGCCCAAACCAGCACCAGGCGUGGCUGAACGGAGAUAGGACGGACAGACAGACGGAGGACUCGCCGACACUCAGACUUGAAGACCGCUUCCUCCCGCCCCCCUUGCCAUCCUCCCUACUGAGUGCUGCCUCAGACCUGACGGUGCUGGGUGCCCAGAGUUGUUGGCGUGAGAAAAACUUGGAUGCAAAGGAGAGGCACGCACAGGCCUCUCAACAACAGGCACAUGGAGCUCCAGGUCUUCUUAAGACGGAACCACCAGAAACGGGCGCGUUUCAUCCGUACCCAGGUCAAGAUGGCGUUUCAGGGAGAAGGAUCAAACACCACCGUGGCUUCUCCCCAUCUUCGUGCCCCAUUUUCAUGUCCCACCCCCAGGACACAAGCCAGACAGCCCUGCUCACGGGGACAAAGCACGCGCCAGAGCCCCGGUUUGGGCGCAGUCUUGGUUCUCUGGGGAAGCGAGCCGCUCAGAAGGAAGAUGCAGUGACUUUGGGCCGCUGGGCUUGGGCCUUCCCGGUAAAGCACGGAAACAAAACAGCGCUCCGGGCCACAGGCGCUCUCGGCCACCGCCGCCGCCGCCGCCGCUUUUUCUCCCUGGUCUCGGGCUGCCCGCCCCGCUCCCGCUCGGCCUCCUCGCGACAGGAACUGCGCGGCCGCAGCAGCGCCCGCCCCGGCGCCGCGCCGGCUCCCGCGCCCUCCGCGCGCCCGGCUCCCUCCCUCCGCCCCGGGUCCGGCCGCCCCUUCCCGCCGCCCGCGCUCGCCAUGCCCAGCAAGACCAAGUACAACCUUGUGGACGACGGGCACGACCUGCGGAUCCCCCUGCACAACGAGGACGCCUUCCAGCACGGCAUCUGCUUCGAGGCCAAGUACGUCGGGAGCCUGGACGUGCCGCGGCCCAACAGCCGAGUGGAGAUCGUGGCUGCCAUGCGCCGGAUCCGGUACGAGUUCAAAGCCAAGAACAUCAAGAAGAAGAAGGUGAGCAUCAUGGUCUCGGUGGACGGGGUGAAGGUGAUCCUGAAGAAGAAGAAGAAGUUUCUUUUGUUGCAGAAGAAGGAGUGGACGUGGGACGAGAGCAAGAUGCUGGUGAUGCAGGACCCCAUCUACAGGAUCUUCUACGUGUCGCACGACUCACAGGACUUGAAGAUCUUCAGCUACAUCGCCCGGGACGGGGCCAGCAACGCCUUCAGGUGCAACGUGUUCAAGUCCAAGAAGAAGAGCCAGGCGAUGCGCAUCGUGCGGACCGUGGGGCAGGCCUUCGAGGUGUGUCACAAGCUGAGCCUGCAGCACACGCAGCAGAGCGCGGACGGCCAGGAGGACGGGCACAGCGAGGGGGGCAGCCGUGGCUCGGGGGACACAGGCUGCCAGCUCCCGGGAGCUGAGAGGGCCACCAACACCACCGCAGAGGAGACGGACAUCGACGCCGUGGAGGUGCCCCUGCCCGGGGCUGACGGCCUGGACUUCAGUCGAGGGGUGACCGACCUGGACGCCGUGGGGAAGGACGGCGGCCCCCACACGGACUCCAAGGUGCCGCCCCCAGAGCCCCUGCCCACAGCCUCGCCCCGGAUGCUGCUGCCCCCGUCCUCCAUCCAGGACCCGGACGCCCGGACGCCGCUGUCCUCACAUCACCAGCUGCAGCUCCUGCAGCAGCUCCUUCAGCAGCAGCAGCAGCAGACACAAGUGGCCGUGGCCCAGGUGCACUUGCUGAAGGACCAGCUGGCGGCGGAGGCGGCGGCCCGGCUGGAGGCCCAGGCCCGAGUGCACCAGCUCCUGCUGCAGAACAAGGACGCCCUGCAGCACGUGUCCCUGCUGGUCCGGCAGGUGCAGGAGCUGGAGCUGAAGCUGUCAGGACAGAACGCCAUGGGAUCCCAGGACAGCCUGCUGGAGAUCACCUUCCGCUCCGGAGCCCUGCCUGUGCUCUGUGACCCCACGACCCCCAAGCCCGAGGACCUGCCCUCACCGCCCCUGGGCGGUGGCCUGGCCGACCUGGCCCCACCGGCGGGCAGCCCACUAGUGGACCACAGCAUGUUCGAGAAUCUGAACGCCUCGCUCACGCCGAAGCUGCAGUCCAGCCGCUCUGUGCCCCACUUGUCCCGGUCGGGGGCCCCCUCGGCCCCGGCCCCAGGGUCCGUGGAGCCCGGCGGGCCAGCCCUGUGGGUGGGCAGCAGCCAGCACCUCAGGAACCUGGGCAGAGCCAUGGGUGCCAAGGUGAACGACCUGCUGCGCAGGAGGGAGCCCUGGGGCCUGGGCAGCGUGGGCGCCAUGGAGGUUAACCGGACGGCGGAGGCCCAGCUGGCGGGUGUGGCCGAUGGGGAGGACGACGGGCCGGCCGGGCCAGGCGCCUUCCCGCGGCUGGAGCCUCCGCCUCCCACCACCCGGAAGCGAACGCCCCGGGCCCUGAAGACCACGCAGGACAUGCUGAUCUCCUCACAGCCCGUCCUGAGCAGCCUGGAGUGUGGGGCGGAGCUGUCCCCGGGGCAGCCGCAGGACCCUCCUCCCAGUGCCCAGCACGCCCCAGGGGACACUGCCCAGCCAGAGACGGCCCUGGAAGUGGCCGUGCCCAACGGCGAGGCGCCCCUGUCGGUGCCUGACCUGAUCCACCAGGACGCCCAGGACGAGGCCAAGCUGAAGGCCAGUGAGUGCAGGGGGCCCUCACCCCCGGGCCCCCGCGAGAACAGCAGCCUCCUGCCCAGCCCGAGCCCCCUGGGCCUGGCCGAGCGACAGGACGGCAGCCCCCGUGCUGGGGCGCGGACCUGCAGCCUGGACACAGAGGGGCCGCACCCCGACCUGCUCUCUUUCGAGUAGAGCCCAGCUCCUCCCUCUGCGCCCCGCCCAGGCCGGCCCGGGCAGUGGGCAGUCUCCCCGUCUGUCCCACGGGGGCCUGCUCUGGGCCCUGCCACGGCCCCGCCCUCCUCUGGCCUCAGGGUCAGGCAGGGUCAGGAAUGACGGGGUUGGCUUGAUGAGGGGCCCCGACCCAAGAGCCGGCCCUGACCUCAGCCCACCAGCGUCCCCGUGAUUGCGCUUACCGGGCCUGAGGCAGCGUGCGGGCCAGGUCCUCACUGUGUCCCCUGGAGGGGCCCUGGACAAUGCCACCAGCUCCACCCUGGCUCCCCGGUGUGAAGCAGCAGCACCCAUCCUGAUCUGGUUUGGGGGAGCCCAGGAAUUGGCGUUUGGAGCCCGGUCCCCAGAGAGCCCGGGGAGGACUGGACGCUGUCCAGGGCUGCCCACUGCCCGAGGCGAUGCGUUCUGGGGUCUGAGCAGGCAUGAGUGGCCUGGGGCAGACAGAGGUGGGGACACACAUGGUCACAGUGCAUUGCACUGCCUGGGCUCGGCAGCCAGUCUCGGCCCUGGUGCUGGCACGGCCUCGCGGCCCCGGGGCUCUCCAGGGGCCCCCCGCCUGCCUUUCUGGUCCUGGAGCCACAGGGUCCCCACUCCUGCUUCUGGGAGUGUGGUGAGGGGCUGACGUGGCUCAUCCCCCCCCAUCCGUGACUGUGCUGCUCCAGUGCCCCCAGGGGUCCUGUGCUCUGUCCUCCUGUGGCCAGAAGACCCCGUCAGGGGCGGCCCCACCUGGGGCCUUUCCAGCUUGAAGAGAGUGUCCCUGCCCUUGAGCAGGUGGCCUGUCUGGGGCUUGUCCCCUGCGGCCCCAUUUCUGCUCCCUGUUGGGUGUCCAUCCACAGUGACAUCUGCGUCAUCUCCCCACCAGCCCCUGUGGCCCCUCUCGGCCAGGUCACUCAUCCAAGGACCCGCGUCCCUCAGGGCCGCUCUGCCCCAGGCCCCGUCCACGUCCCAUGUCCACCCCCAGUCUGACCGCCCUGGGGCAGCAGCCGUGGGGCCUGUGGGUGACUCUGUCCCCGAGGGGAAGUCGGGGCGCUGUCUCUUCUCCCCACCCCCACACUCCCAGACCUGCUGGUGGGGGGCAGAUGGCCCAGCCCUUCCUGGCAGGUCACCCUCCCAUGUGGGCUGAUGUCACUUGGUCACACCUGUCACCGUCGGCUGUGGAAGGACAGGCGUUGCCUCGUCCGGGCAGAGCUGUCCUGAAAGUUUUCUAGAGAUUUUGUAUUUAUAUUUUCAGUAGUUUUGGGAUAGAAGACAGCACAAUAAAUGAUCCUUUUGGUCUC